GCUUGUUUCUGUUAUUUAUAGCAGAACAGUUCUGCUGGGAAAGCAAGGAAGCACCAGAAGCUUACAGCCACUUCCUGCGCUCCCAGCAGCACAGUCCCCUGUGCUGCCACUCGUUUCACCAAACAUUUUCUGCUGCCGUAAAACCAUGGGUACCCCUGAGGGUUGCCCCUGCAGCGGGAUGGUGUUUGGAGGACAGGACACUGACCCUCAAGAGAUGACCACAAAAGGCAGCAGACAAAUAAAUAGCACGUGCCAAUUGUCAGUCUACAGACACAGCACUUCAGGGCUGGAGGCAGCAUGUCAUAUUCCAAAAGAAUGGAUGGGGCUAAUGGAAAAAGAAAUCACGCAGAUUAAAGACACGUUAAGAAAUCUGGUUUUCUCUGUUGAUGCUCUACCACAAGCUCUGGAGUGUUGCUGCUGCAAACACGCUGCAUGUGGUCAUUGUGAGAUGCAGGUGACCAGAAAACCUAACCAUCCUUGCCAGGAGGGAUACAGGAGCUAUCAGGGAGAAAUUCCUGGACAGGCCACCCAGAAAGAGCUUCAGCAGGAAGAGGAAAUUAAGGAGCUGAAAAAGAAGAACAAAAAGCUACAGGAACGAAUAGACAUGCUCCUGCCUAAAGUGAUGAGCAUGCACCAGCACUCUGAGAACAUGAAUGACCCUUUCCGUUUGUCUGCUGUGCUGGAGAAGUAUGAGAGGUUCAUGCUACAGGGCUGGGGAAAAUUCAGGACCUCCCGAGGCUCCUGUGUGUCAUAUGAAGAUGGAAGCAAGUUAAUUAAGAAGCUGUUUGAUGCUUGCGAGAAAGAUAUGGAGCAGAGAAAAACCGGCAUAUUGAAAUUGCUUAACCUUCCACCUUCCGAUUACAGUAUGACCAACAGCGAACAGGAGGUCAUGCAAAAGAUAAGGGAAAUCUUGAGACAUCCCUAUUGCCAAAACAACUCAGAGAUUUACAGCAAAAUUGCCAGGCAAGCUGCCCCUGGCAUCAAGUUCGACUCUCUAAAAUUGGAGUUCGCACAGCAGUGCUGUGAAGUUUAUUGCUUGCUGCUUCUUCAGGACCCACCGAUUAAAGCUGCGUGGCAGUCAGAGGGAAUCUCAGACUUCUGUGCAGAGCACGUGGACAAGAAAAGUUCUGCACUAUGGAGACAAGCAGCAUUUCUGUGGCCUGUAAUGAAAUGUGAGGGGAAAGUCAUUAUGAAAGGUGUAGUCUGGGAUUAAAAGUAGCAUGAUUUCAGAGUCAGGCUACUCAUAAGACCACAACAAGAUGAAAGAGCUGUGGCUCAAUAUGCUGGUUUUCUUUCUCCCAUGAAUUAUUAAAAAUAGAAGAAGCAGCAGCAUGCAUACUUUUUACUUAACAUUUGUUCCUUGACAUCUCUAAAUAUUGUCCCAAAAGCAGCACCCAUCACCCACUGUGUUGCAAGAAGCUGACCCGCACACAGAGUCGAGAUGCUUUAAUACUCAGUUCCGCACAGGAAAGGGUGGGAUUCCACAAAGCUCACUCAGCUUCCUGAACAACAGGGCCUGUGUGAGAAAGAACUUUAUCUCUAACAUGAUUCUAUCAUUCGCACACAUCAUUGCUUAAUUAAUCUCUUGCUUCCAUUUAAAGUGACAAGGCUCAAAAAUGUUACUGCGCCUGCUAAAAGAGUAAGGGGCCUGUUGUUAGUAGGGGUCCCUCUAACCUAUGGGUAGAUUUUAGUAUGCUAAUAGCUCAUGAAUGCAUUAAUGUUAUGUUAAUAUGGUGAAUCCAAUUGCUCAGUGUUUUCUACCCAGUGCUCAAGACUGUAACCAAGAUAAGCUGUGGGGAGUGCUGCUUUCCAACCAUUUCAUCUACCUAGCAGAUGUCCUGCAGGCCUGUCUCAAGGCCAGGCUGUUGACCACUUUGCAUGUGUUUUUCUCUAACUGGUAUCUGGCUUUGUCUAAUUAUUACCUAGCAGAUGUCCUGCAGGCCUGUCUCAAGGCCAGGCUGUUGACCACUUUGCAUGUGUUUUUCUCUAACUGGUAUCUGGCUUUGUCUAAUUAUCACUGUUUCUCUGUUAUGUAAGCUCUAUUUUUAUUCUGUGUGUCCCUUUUGUUCUUUUAUAUGUGAUUUUUCCCCAAGUGUUAUUUUUUCCUGCUAAAUAUUACUUAUUUCAAUUAAUAACCAACAUAAUAAACAGCGUUUGUGUGGAAAAAGA